CAUCUGUUUCAGGAAACUGCCAUCACACCCAGCAAUGACUUCCUCUUCCCCACCACAGACUGGCUGAUUGGAAACCACUCAGAUGAGCUUACACCAUGGAUCCCUGUAAUAGCAGCCAGAUCAUCUUACUCAUGCCGCUACUUCGUGAUUCCCUGCUGCUUUUUUGACUUCUGUGGGAAGUACCAGCGCAGACAGUGUAAGAAGUCUCAGUAUAAGGAGUAUAUUGACUUCGUCACUGAUGUCAGCACAAUGUGUGGCUUCUACACAGAGGAGGACUGUCUAAGGAUCCCUUCCACCAAACGUGUAUGCAUAAUAGGCAAAGGAAGGAGAUACAGAGAGGCCGAAGAGGCUGUGGUAGAGAAACAGCGAAGUGAUUAUAUCAAGAGACGUGAGGCUUUAUUCACAACCUCAGGGGCCAGUAUGAAUGUCAAUCAAAGUGGCCAUUAUAGACUUAAUCACAGUGACAAUGGACAGAAAAUCUCAACCCCUGUGAACAACUGGGUGAAUGGUUUCCAACCAAGAGAAAAGACGGAGACAGUUAGGAACUGUGCAGCCCUACCGAGGGAUUUUGUGGAUGCAGUGGUUCUAAGGGUAGCAAAGGCCUUGCUGAGUUUGACUGAGAGGAACACAGAAAGCAGCAGUUGUGGUGACACUUGGAACACAGGAGGCAGUGUCUUAAUUAGUGAAGUAGUCAACCUCCUGGACCAGUCUUCUCUCCAAGCACUAAAGAAAGAGUGUGGCGGUCUCCAGACUCUACUAAAAAACAACCACCAGGUGUUCAGAGUGGAGGGUGGAAGGGUCUUUAUUCGGGACUGGAGGACACAUACACUGGCACAAAGCUCUAGAGUGACCUCCAAGCGCAAACCCCCUCCCUCAGGUGCCCUGAAGACCCGGCUUUGCUGGUUUCACACCCAUCAUCCCCACGGAUGCCCUCUGCUCCGUGAGCACUGUGCCUUUGCUCAUGGAGAGACUGACUUGAAAAAUCCCCAAAGAUGAUUCGGACCUGAACAAUAGCUUGUUUUUUGCUCUAUUAAUAGCAUUUGACCUGACAUUUAGAAAAAGAAAGAUACUCAAAUAGAUUUGUUUAAUUUUUAAUUAUCCAGAGUGCACCUUUUUUCUUAGACAUUAGGUUUAUUUUUUUUAUUUAUGAAAGUAACUGAAUUUAUUUCUAUUGUAUAAGAAACAUGUUAAAUGAAUCAUGUCCAAUCGCAUCCAGACUUUAUUGUACAAUAAAUCGUAAACUUUUGGCAGGAAAUCCACCCACUGGAGCAUGAAGAAGCUUGUGUUGAGCUGAGAGGCAUAUGCUGAGAAAAUGUUAGAGGCAUGAAUAAUUUGGAAGGCGGAGUUGGGGGUUGGACCAUCUGUAGGUCACUGCCCCUUUGCUCAAAUGUAAGGGGACAGGAUGUUCCUCUUGUGGGGGUCACUUGAGGUCAGGGUCUUUAGGUGUGAUUUAAACAGAACAAACAUUAGAUUAGGUCACAGUCGCACAUCAAUUUAUUGAACUUGGUCCAUGCAAUUGGCCCAACAAAGGUAUGCAACAGUGUCCGAAGAUUUCCUGCACAUUCAGUCUUUUCGGUACGCAGAGUUGUUUAUUUUCAAUUAACUCUAAUCUGACUCCAUUUUGUUAUGACCUCGAAUUUAGGUUAGAAUGCCAAUUAUUGAUCAUUUCUAAGAUAAUUUAUCUAAAUAUGUUUAUUUUAUUUAACUCUUUAAUCUUAUUGAAUCUCAUUAAUCUUAUUCCAAUAACACUUUGAGUCUCGUACCGGCCGGUAUACGGAUCUCAUACUCACAAACUUGUCAGUCUUCAGUGCUUCCCACAUGUAUGAAAUAUACUUGCGACGGUAGCCGGGUGGAAAAUCCUCCUAUUACCCACGGCACAAAAAUGGUCUAUUACAUGUGACAAAUUACAAAUAAUGUGUCAUUUUUGACAAUAUUUUUUAUUUAUUUAAAUUAAUUUUAAUUACAUAGGCUACUAUUACAUUUAAUUACAUACUUAUAUUAUGCAUUAUAAUAUAGAUUGUAAAUUAUGCUAAAUUACAGCAGUUCUCCUUACUUUGUCAUAAGUGUCUCUCUCAGUGAAUGGGACACAGAUUUUACUAGUAACAUCUAUAUUUUGAAUAAUAUAUGUCAAAUAAUGUUGUUAGUCUUGGGUAAGCAUUCCAGCCAGAAAUAGUUUACUAUGAAUGAAAUGGAAAUUAAAUUAAAUACAAUUAAUUGUGUAACCAAAAUAUCAAUAAUGUCCAGAAAAAAAGAUGAUAAAAAUAAAAUAAAACUUAAAGUGUGACUUUUAAAGGGGUCAUAUGAUGCGAUUUCAAAUUUUCCUUUCUCUUUGGAGUGUUACAAGCUCUUGGUGAAUAAAGAAGAUCUGUAAAGUUGCAAAGACUAAAGUCUUAAAUCCAAAGAGAUAAUAUAGCUACAAACAGCAAUUACGGGGUUCAAGCACAUGAAGGCCUCUUGGCCAACCUGGAUGUAUGGAUGACAGUUAAACACAUCCAAAAUGGAGAAUAGGCUCACAGACAGACACACACACUGAAAUUAAAUGAUUAAACUACUUUAUUGAUACUCUAUAACAGGUGUCUCCAACACAUCACUCGCGAGCUACCAGUAGCUUGUGGCCUGACUGAAAGUAGCUCGCCAAGAAUACUUUUUAUCCAAUCAGAGUGAGCAAAUAUAGACUGGUGUUCCACACCCUCCAAUGCAAAUAAAGUAUUUUAAUUAUAGAUAUUAACCAUUAUUCUUAUUUAUAUAUGACCAUUCAGGUUAAAUUACAAUAUAACAGAAUAACAACCAAAAAUAGAAAGAAAACAAAUUGAAAUGACGACGUUUCAAUCAAGUACGUCAUCACGCUUAUUAGGCUCCAAGGCAGUAUUAGCUUAAAAACUACUUGUGUCAGAAUGAGUAAGGAAAGCGGACAAGAAAAGAAAAAGAAAAAAAUCUAUUAUUUUCACGAGGAAUGGGAGAGUGAGUUUUUCGAAAGAUGAGCGAAAGAUGUUUGUGCUAAAUUUGUGGCACUAGCGUUGCUGUGGGUAAAC